UUUAUUUAUUUAUUUCUGAUGAAGAAUGGAUCGAUUAACUCAAUUACAAGAUGCUAUUGAUGCAAUGGCACGAAUGUUUACAAACAGUAUAUAUUAUGUACACGAAAAAUCAGGCAUGGCAGAAUUAAAUAAAGAUAUACCCGUAGCUCAGCCUAAAGUACAAGCAGAUGAUCCCGUAGUGUUUCAAGAGAAUAUGAAAGAACUAGUAUCCGAUUUAGUAAAGAAAGCAAAAGAAAUUGAUUCACUUAUAGAAAUAUUGCCUGGAAUUCAGCAGACAGAAGAGGAACAGGUAAUAACACUAAUAACACUAAUAAUUGGCCUUUAUUAGUAAUAAGCGUAUUAUAGAUAAAUUCUUUAAAACUACUUGAAGAAGAAAACCGAAUUGCAAAUGAAGAAUAUGAAGCUGCUGUAAAAGAAAUGGAAUCAGUAAAAGAACAAAUUAAUCAAUCAUUAAGAGCUAUUGCAGAUGAACAAAACUAACUACAAC